CGUUUUCCUGCCGAUGAAAAUUUUUAUCAGUCUGCAAUUAGGACGGGCUGCUUGCUUUUGAUAACGACUCGUGUCUGUCUUCGCAGAAUUUAUUAUGCCGUAGAACCGCAAAAGUACAGAGCCAAUAUAACACUCACUCGGCACAUUAACGGGCUAAACGGCGCUUGGUUGGCACAGGUUGGCUACGGCAGUGCGGUUUAAGUCGUUUGGAUACACGUAUCAAUAUGGCACAACAUGAUCAGAGUGUGCAGGAAGAACUGGAAAUCAUUCGACAUUACAUUUUCACCGUGCUAAGCACCGCUAUGGAGGUGAUGACGGAAUCUCCGCCAUGUCACGGAGGAAUAUUCCGGGAUAACGUCUCCGGCGUUUUUGAGGAUAAUCCCAAUUUUAAAACUGACGCCGAACGAUUGAUGCAAUGGAUAAAAGAUCAAGAUUGUGCGGUGUUGGGCGAUCGUAAAAACGUCUGUGAACUGUGGACGAAAUGGAUAAACGAGAGCUCCGACAAUAUCGCGUAUAUUCCACCCGAAGGUAUCGUCGCACUGCCCGCGUUAAUCGAUGAUCUCAGCAAAGUGGACAGUUGGGCGCUGGGAUGCUUGGCAAUCCAACUGAUUAAUUGUGAUGCGCCACUAAAGCUUAAACGGCAAAAUCGUUUUUCUAAACCUGAAUAUCUUGGUGAUUGUGCCACGCUACAGCAGCUCCAAGACUUAUACAAAGAUGCCGGUCAAGCCGGUCUUGCUGUCGGUCCGGAAAUGGCAUUGCUACACCCAGUACCAUGCGCUUGUGAAGAAUUUCUGGCUCACUGCAUGGAACCGGAUCCAUCGAAACGAUGGGGUCUUCAUGAAUUAAGCCAGCUGCCGUUUCUCAAUCUGAAUCUUUCGCUCACUGAAUUGUUUGCACUGGAUGCCACACAUUAUCAGCUGUUGCAGCCGGUCGAAGGAAAGUUCAUCGUUACCAACAGAAGACCGCACCCGUUUAUGGGAAGCGACCCAACACUGACGGUUCAGGUUGGGGAUCUUCAGUGGACUGACGGCGGCCAUCAUCCAGAGAAGAACGUCGAGAUUUGGCGUUACGUGAUAUUUGGUCGGGAUGCGAAGCAAGUAGAAGAAGCGCGUCGAGUGAAGAUUAAUGCGUUUGGCAAACUCGAGGACGUGUUGACCAUGGAAAAUGAUACCGAUGCUCAAACCAAAAAGCGUGCUGUCUACUACGGCAUACGGGCUCUACAAAAGGGGAUCAAGAAUGUGGUGCAUCAUUUCGGAUGCCAGUUUUUAGCACAUCAGUCCUUCCCAAUGGAAUUUCAAGUAUUUACGGAGCACUGUCCAGGAGGGAACUUCAACGACGCUGCGAAGUAUCAUAUACCAAUUGAUUUGACUGGGAGGUGGAUUUCGGAGGUAUUGGAAGGUCUUAAAUACCUUCACGGACACGGCAUCGUCCAUCGCAAUUUAAACAGCUGCCUUGUCUUUUUCUCCGAGUAUCCAUUCAGAGGCACCGUAAAAAUUGGCGGCUUCCAUUUGAUGCGACAUGUGGAGCUGAAAGGUGACGCGUCCGUCCUGAACGGGAUUAGUGUUCGUCGCGGAGAUGAUGGGCGUUUUGUCGCCCCGGAAAUGAUGGACGCUCAAAAGGAGCACGACCUGCACACCGGACGCAAGUGUGAUACAUGGAGCCUAGGGUGCAUUGCGCUGCAUCUGGCCAGUGGUCAGCCACCGCUGUAUAAAGGAGCCAAAGGUAAGCCUAUCGAGUUGGAAAUGGCUGUGCUAUACCACCUGAAGAGCAACCAAAUCUUGCCGGAAAUUCCGGACUGGAUACCAUGCAGUGUACGGAGUUUCGUUGAAGAAUGUUUGCAGUUUAAUCCCGCAAACCGGCCAUAUGCCGCCAUACUUGAUACAAGCGGAGUAUUCAAUAUUGGUUACCCUGUGUAUGAAGCAUCACGCGGCGGAAAUCCUCUUCCGGAAGGCGUUGCAGAAUACUGGAGGCAGUAGGCUGUUACUGAGUUUUUUGUGAGGCGGUGAAACUAAUUUCAUUUGUUGUUCAUUUUCAUAGUGUUUUUUUAAACAUCGUCGAAUUUUCUGGAAAUUUUCUGCAAGCGUUUUGUGUUCACAUAUUGCAGACAGUGUAGGUCUCUUGCUUUAAUGAACAAUAUCUUGUUCACAUUGCGAAGAUCGGAUUAGUGUCCGUCGUCACCUGUAGUAGGUCUGUUGGUUGUAAGUUUAGCCAUACAUUCCCAGUGAUCGCGUAAUUCCAGUAUGAAGCAUCAUAAGUAGCCAAUUAGAAGGCAGCAACAAGCUGAAGGUGGUUACGGAGUGUUCUAGCACUUAAAAGUAUUUGAUGAUUUCUUGAUCUACGGUUUGUCUAUGGAUUGUGAUGAUAAUGUAGCCGUAGAAUCAUGUUCUACAGAUUGUCAUUGGUAACAACUCAAUCGGAAACAGAUGUACCGCCUAUCUCAGUAGAAUUGUGAAUCCAUGUUAUCGGUUAUGAAGAAUUCUGAGAUGUUCUGACUUUUCUGGAUGUGAAAUCAGUAGACGUGCUCACGCUGCCUCGACCGGCAGACGGUUGACUUUCCCACAU